CCCAGACCAUCGCGUUUGAUGCUCCAAAGCGGCGUUCCAUCAAGACCCCACAGAAAACUUCAUAUUUAAGAACGUCAGAGGCUAAGCUAAUUUACUGAAAUAUGUCAGAUUACACCAUCAUCAAACUCCAGAACAGCAAUCUGUCGGGAGGACAGUACAACUAAAUACAAUAAAGCAGUGUAAUAUACUUGUGAAUUAGGCUAGCCUACUUUAUGUUAACAUUCAGAAUGUAACGUGGUAUCGCAACAGAUAUCAAUAUCUUUUCGGACAUACCGGUUAAAAGAGGAAUAUCUCCUGCAACCGAGUGGUAGUUUAGGUCACUGGCGGAGGUUCAUCACUGCUUGGAAAUGACAUUGGGAAAACCGCCCCUGAAGCUGCUCACACGAAUCCGCUACUUCGCUCUCAACACAGACAUUUCUGGAUGCCAACCGUGGUGAAGAUGAAGCUGUGUCUCGUCACCAUGAUGCGCUUCCUGUCUCUGAAGUUCGGUCGCCUGUACCGCUGUGGCAAGUUCCUGCUGGUGGCGGGCCUGUUCGUGAUCGUGCUGAUGAACACGCACAGCCUGCUGGCCUCGUUCCAGCGGAACGAGCUCACCGACCGGCGCUUCGUCGGCCUCAACAAGUGCCCGGCCUGCUUCGGCACCAGCUGGUGCCGCAAGUUCAUGAACGGCCAGGUGUCCUUCGAGACGUGGGGCCGCCUCCGCUUCCUGGACUUCUUCAACGUCAAGAACGUCUACUUCGCCCAGUACGGCGAGCCCCGGGAGGGCACCCGCCGGGUGGUGCUCAAGCGCCUGGGCUCCAACCAGGAGCUGGCCGACAUCGACGCGAAGAUCUGCAAGCGGGCCACGGGCCGCCCGCGCUGCGACCUCGUCCAGUCCAUGUACAAGACGGAGUUUGCGCGGCUCAACGGCGAGGUGCGGCUCCUCACGCCCGAGGUGGUGGAGGGCUGGUCCGACCUGGUGCACUGUCCGUCCCAGAGGCUGCUCGACCGGGUGGUGAGGCGCUACGCCGAGACCAAGGACUCCGGAAGCUUCCUUCUGAAGAACCUGAAGGACACGGAGCGCAUGCAGCUGCUCAUGACGUUAGCAUUCAACCCAGAGCCUCUGGUGCUGCAGAGUUUCCCAUCUGACGAGGGCUGGCCCUUCGCCAAGUACCUGGGCGCGUGCGGGCGCAUGGUGGCGGAGAACUACGUGGGCGAGGAACUCUGGAGCUUCUACAACGCCCCGUGGGAGAAGCGCCUGGACCUGGCCAAGCAGCUCAUGGACAUCGCCGAGCAGCUCACCAACAACGACUUCGACUUCGCCCUCUACCUGCUGGACGUCAGCUUCGACAACUUCGCCGUGGGCCCGCGAGACGGAAAAGUCAUAGUGGUGGACGCGGAGAAUGUCAUCGUGGCUGACAAGAGACUCAUCAAGCAAAAUAAACCAGAGAACUACGACGUCUGGUAUGAGAGUCGCGCGGAGGAAUGCGACAAAGAGACCUGCCUCUCCUUCUCCAAGGACAUCCUGUGCUCGCGGGUGACGGUGGACCACAACUACUACGCCGUGUGCCAGAACCUGCUCUCGCGCCACGCCACCUGGCGCGGCGCCACCGGCGGCCUCCUGCACGACCCGCCGGCCGACGUGGUCAGCAGCGGGCGCCUGGAGGCCCUGCUGGACGAGUGCGCCAAGCCCACCAGACAGUACGGCCGCUUCCAGGCCGCCAAGGACCUCCGCGAGUACCUGGCGCAGCGCACGCAGCCCAGCAGCAGCGGGCUGAGGUAGUACAGGGGGUGGGGCGAGGGGGAGGGGUUGGGGCGAGGAGGAGGGCGGGAGGUGGUGGACUUAUCCUCCCUUUCCUGCUUUGGCUGAACUGUACCUCCCACCCCCACCGCCUCUCUCUCUCUCUCUCUCUCUCUCUCUCUCAGACUGAACAUGUUAAAGUAAAAGGAGAGGGCACGGGGAAAGUUGUGGUAGCGGCUCCUUUGCUGUCCCAGCACACACACGCGCAUACACACACACACACACACCGG